AUGCAGGCAAAGACAGCUAGCAAAGGUAAAAGCCAGAUCUCCGGAAGCCAUCAGACGAUGGUUGCGACGCCACAAGAGGCAACCCAAAAGUGCCCUAGAUGUGAUUCCGUACACACCAUGUUUUGCAACUACAAUAAUCACAGUCUCACAAAGCCGAGGUAUUAUUGCAAGACAUGCAGAAUGUACUGGGCGAAAGGAGGAAACCUACGCAGCCUACUAGUUGGUGCCGGUCCUGUCCAUGGAGGCUGUCUGAAAAACAAGAAACUGAAGUCUUCUUUGAGAGAUUCACAGCACUGCUCCGAUGGAUCAUAUACUACAGCUAGAUUGAAAUUACCAGCCUCUGAUUUUCGCUGUCCAAGUAUUUUACCCUUCAGAAUUUUAUCAACUGCUUCUGGCACUACCGAAAGGUGUACUGACAGCAAGGGAAAAUCUCCAACAAUCCCUUGUUUUAAUCUUUGUCCUCCUUCAGGAAAUUCUCCUUUUAUGGGCUUCAAUUUUCCUUUUUCUCUCUCACAUGGAGAGGGCACCCCAGAAUUCAGUAAUGGAGUUCAAAAAAUGGCCUCAUUCCUGAAUCUUCAUUGUGAUCUUGCGACCUCCAUUGAGUCGCUGAUUUCUAUCAAUCAAGACAUACACUUGAAGUUACAGGAACAAAGAUUAGCUACUAUGGGACUUUUAAACCGAGGUUUCACCCACAGGAAUUUUGAUCAAAUUUCUUCAGGGAUGAAAAGUCGGGUUUCUGCAGCAGAAAGCGGUGCCUCGUAUGCUAAUCACGAGCAUCAUAUUCAGAAACCAAAAUCCAUUUCGUUUCAAAACCUGAAUUCUUCAAAAUCGAAGGCUUUUCGAAAUUCUUUACAGACGAAAAGUUGGACUUCAGCGACCGGAAGCAGCGCCUUGUCUACUAAUCUUGAACAUCAGAUUCAGAAACCAGUGCCCAGCUUAGCAAGGGUGUGGUGUUUCGAUAACUGCUAUGUUCCAGCAAUUGCAAGUAAUAGCAAUGGAAAUGGAAAUUCUUGA